GGUGUCCCGCGUGUGCCGCCUGUGGCGUGACCUGGCCGCCGACCCCCGGCUGUGGCUGCGGGUGCACCUGAGGGGACACCUGAGGGGACACCUGAGGGGACACCUGAGGGGACACCUGAGGGGACAGCGGGGUGGCCCCGCCCGCAGCCGCCGCCCCCCCGAGCAGGUGCUGGGCCCUGUGCUCCGAUUGGUGGAGACCAGGUUUUCGCUGCUCCAGGAGUUUGUGCUCAGUGAUUGGAGCAGCCACGUGGGGCCCGUGCUGCAGGCCCUGAGCAAGUUCUGCCCCCACCUGAAACACCUGGAGCUGAGACACUGCCAGGUGGAGCCGGCGGCGCUCGGGGGGUUCCUGGCGGCCCCUCCCCCCCUGCAGCACCUGCACCUCACCUGUCCCCGCCUGCGGCCGGUGCUGCCCGCCCUGGCUGCCGGGGCGUGUCCCCAGCUGCGGGUCCUGGAGCUGGAUCAGAUUUCGGGGGGUCCCGGCCCCCCCCUCCCGCUGCCCCUGGAGCGGCUGCAGGCGGCCUGUCCCCUGCUGCAGGUUCUCUGCCUGGGGGGGGCCCCGUGGGUGCCCCAGCGCUGCCCCUCCCCCCCCCGCGCCCCUCCCCCCGGGCUCCUGCGGCGCCUCCUGCGCGGGACCCCCGAGCUGAGGGGGCUGGAGCUGAGGGGCUGCACCUGCGUCACCCCCCGGGGGCUGCUGGAGCUGCCCUGCACAGGGCUGGAGCGUCUCUCGGUGUCGGUCCCCCCCGGCUGUUCUGGUCCCGGUUCCGGUCCCGGUUCCGGUUCGUGGCUGGCCGUGACCCGCCGGUGGCACCGGACGCUGCUGGAGCUGGACCUGAGCGGGCGCCGCGAUCCCGACCUGGGCCGGGCCCUGGCGGCGUUCGGGCCCCGCGACCCCCUGAGGGUCCUGAGGCUGGCGGGGACCCCCGUGAGCCCCCAGGAGCUGCGGCCGCUGCUGGCCUGUCCCCACCUGGCUCACCUGGACCUGUCCUCGUGCCGCCGCCUCCCCCGCGGCACCAAGAGACCCCACCUGGGCCGGGGGGAGGUGCUGAGGCUGCUGAGGGGGCUGGAGACCCCCCCCGAGGGGACCCCCGGACAGGAGACACCCCCCGAGGGGACCCUCGGACAGGAGACCCCCCCCGAGGGGACCCCCGGACAGGGGACACCCCCAGAAGAGACCCCUGGAAAGAAGAACCCCCCUGAAGAGACCCCCGGACAGGGGACACCCCCAGAAGAGACCCCUGGAAAGAAGAACCCCCCUGAAGAGACCCCCGCACCAUUGGGGUCCCCCCUGGAAUAGGGGAGACCCCCCCAGUGAGGAGACCCCCGCCCCGAGGGGACCCCCGGACAGGGGACACCCCCCAAAGACACCCCCGGACAGGGAACACCCCCAGAAGAGACCCCCGGACAGGGAACACCCCCCGAGGGGACCCCCGCACCAUUGGGGACCCCCCCAGAAUAAGGGACCCCAUCUCAGGACACCCCCCCCUGCCAUUGGAGACCCCCCCCGAGGGGACCCCCGGACAGGAGACCCCCCCCCAAAACAGGGGACACCCCCCGAGGAGCCCCCCAGAAACGGGAGACCCCUCCUCAAGAGACCUUCAGGGAUGGGGACCCCCCUGAGGAGACCCCUGAAUCAUUGGGGACCCCCCCCAGAAUAGGGGACCCCCCCCGAGGGGACCCCCAGAAAGAAGAGCCCCCCCAAAGAG